UUGCUGUCACUGUCAAAUUCGAUUCUGGUUCAACAAGAAGUGAGAUCGAUCGUCUCGCUAUAAAGUAUAAACAUAAGACUCACCUCGGUUUUAUUGUGUUCUCCAUUUAAUUGUCUGUCAUAAGUAGUAUUUUAUGCGAGUGGUCUGCAGGUAUAAAUUGCUUUUUAAAUGUAAAUCAGUCGUGGCAUGUACACAUCUUGUUUUGCGUGUUUUUAUUUGUGUUGUGUGUUUAAGGCGGAAUAACAUGUAUUCAAUUGUGUGAUUUAGAGUGUCUUACAGCCUUUUAACACAUUAGCCUUACAAUAUACACAUCAAUUAAGAUAUUACAGCAGUAAGAAAAAAAAUAAUAGCACAAUGGUGGAUCCCAAGAGAGUGGUGAGUUACGAAGACAUGCUGAAGGUGAUCCAUCAACCAGAAAAGGUUAUCAUUGAUGUUAGGAAUAUAGAUGAAAUUAAGGCAACAGGAAAGAUACCUUCGAGCAUAAAUAUUCCAUUGGGCCAAGUACAAAAUGUUUUAACAUCAAUGUCUGAAGACGAAUUCAAAAAGAAUUUUCAGCGGAGCAAGCCAACGUCAUCUGAUGAGUUGAUCUUCUACUGUCAGUCAGGAAGACGGUCCUCUGAAGCCCUUGAUAAAGCUUUGAAACUUGGAUAUUCCAAUUCAAAAACAUACCUGGGUAGCUGGAAUGACUGGUCUAGUAGACAGCAAUAAUAAUUUUUUUUGUGUGAUUCACAAAGCAUAAUAUGAAAUAAUUAAAAUAAACAUUGUGCUGGUGUUAUUUAUGAAUUGUUUACAUCACCAAUAAAAUAAUUAAACAUAUAAAUUGUUUUUCUAUAUUUUAUUUGUAAACCCAACAUGUUCUAUUCUUGUUAUUUGCCAGUGUGU